AUGGCAAAAUUGAUUAAUUAUGCUCCAGAGGCAUGGAACUACCUCCACGGGGUGUUCUGUGUCUACAAGCCUGUGGAUAUGAGUGUCAGAUUCAUGAGGAACGUCAUCAUCGGGAAUCUCUGCCGGGACCUGAAUGAGCUGCGGCCGAGGUCUGUGCCCCCCAUUGUGACCAUUGAAGGAAGCAUCAGUGAGGGUCUGGUGGUGAAACAGAGGAAGAAUUAUGCUGCCCACCCACUGGUCCUGGGGCCCCUCUACCACCCGGAGGACCUCAGGGUCUCCUGGGCACAGCACCUACAAAAGAAUGUUUCAGGUGUGUGUGUCAUGGGGGUGAAUAAUGGCUGCUCGGGGACCCAUCGUGUGCGUGAGAGUCGGCUCAUACGCACAUACAUGGUGUCGGGGAAGUUUGGCCUGGCCACCGACAACCAGUUCCACGAUGGCAAGGUUAUAGAGAAGUCCAGGUUUGGCCACGUGACAAAAGGGAAGCUUUGGAAAUCCCUCAUGAACAUCCAGGCGUCUCACCAGCAAGCCUCGCUGCAGUUCCUUGGUCUGGAUCCUCAGUCUCAGGAGGCAUACGAGGCCCUGUCAUCCAAGGGACUGGUGAGGCCUGGGGAGAAAUCUGGCUCCCUUCUGUAUUCACUGAGUGUCAAGGAGUUCAACCUUCCUGACUUCACCAUUGAGGUGUCGUGCAUCAAUGAGACCGGAGACUACCUCAAGGAGCUGAUCCACUCCCUCGGUCUGAUGAUGAAAACCAAUGCUGUGUGCACUCAGAUCAGGUGUGUACGCUAUGGCCCCUGGACCCUUGGCCACGCUCUUCUUCGCAAGCACUGGACGCUGGAGCAUAUUGUGAACAACAUUGGCCAGUCCCGUCCACUCCUGAAUAACAUCACUCCGGCAACGCCCAGCCUUGUGCCGCUGGAGGAGACAGAAGUGACCGACGUGUCAACGGUGGAGCAGUGAUUUCUUCUCAUCGUGGCCUUCAUCUGUAAUUUAAUCAUUAAUAUACGUAUUUUCAUCCUU